GUCCAUUCGAGUAUGGACCCUGUUAUUUCUCACGGUGUGAAGGCGGGGGUGGUUGCGGAGUCUAUGGGCGCGGAGGGCGUCGUUGCCAUGAGACCUGUCAGACCAUCAGCACCAGCGACCUACACGGCACAUCAAUAGCCACAAUGAUUUGACGCUCAUAUAAAACCUUGAUGACCCUCCACACUGUGAAGAUGCUACUCAAGUGUAUGAGAGAAGACAACACAUUUCCAUCUACUACUGCUGCCUUAGCCGUGGGUGUGAAGCCUCAGGUGUAGCCAUGGGCUGUGGGGGGAGCAGGACGGACGCGCUGGAGCCCCGGUACCUGGAGAGUUGGACCAAGGAGACGGAGUCAACAUGGCUGACUGGCACUGACACCGACAUCCCCUUGUCAUCUAUCCAGAGCAUUCCCUCUGAGAACUCUGAGGCAGGCUUCUCUUCAGAGAAAACCAUCAGUCCAGUUCCAGAUUUCUUUGAAGAUGGCCUCCCUCCCCCUGCUCAGGCAUACCUUAAGGUUUGCUCCGCUGUGUCUGAAGCCAGUUUGAAUGAUGUGAAGCCCAGCAGUCCUCCUGCCAUGCUGACCUCUCCACAGCAGGAGGCAUCGCCUCCUUCAUCAGGCACCACAGUGCAGCGCAGAAGUGUUCUACACACUGAAGAGAUUACAAAAUGGCAAGACAAUCGAAUGUCCACAAAGCAAGUAACUAUCACAGUGACCCAGAGCAUUCAUCAAGUGGACAAAAAUGGAAAGGUGAAAAAGUCGACAACCACAUACGAGGUCAUGAAGCCAGUGGAGUCCCUCCAACAGGUGGCUAAACAGAACUCUUGAACAAAGCUGGGGUCAGUCAAAGUCACUGGACAAACUGUGAAUGUAUUUAUGUGACCAACAAUGCGACAAGCACAAACUUUGUAAGAUUUGACUUGUCAAAGCAGAAAACCAGUCUUAAUGUUACAUUUUCCAUUAAAGGUUCACACUGUUAAAAUAAUGUAACAUGUAUUUUGAAGCUAUUGGAGUAUUUUUCUGUACUUGGAAGCCAAACAUGUAAAAGAUAGGUUUAUAUCUAAAACUUGUGAACUUUUCUUAAAUAGCUUCAAAGCAUAGGACAAAUUUAAAUGUGUCUGUAUAAUUUUACAGGGUUCACAUGGUAUUUUACAAUGAUGGUUAACAUUCAGUAGCUGCUGCUGUGGCUCAGGAGAUUGGUUGCACUAUACACAGUGAAGCCUGGAUAGGCAGAAAAUAAGCAGAAUAUUGUAUUUCUCUUUAUAUAAACACAUUUUCUCAAAUUAUACAUGUAUGUUUUUCAAAUGUAGAAACAAUUUAUACAAAUAACAAAUGGGCUUGUCACAACAAAUAAUAUAUAGACUUAUCAUUCAAUAUAUGUUGGAUGGAACAAUAAGUUUUGGAGGUCAAUAUUUAUCGUGGGUACUACUUCUUAGUAAUAGUUAACUUUUUGUUAUUUUUCCUGUUUUACGAUUAGUUUGAGCUGCAGAGGGUUGAAUAAAUAACUUCUAUGGCUCAUUAUAGAUGAAAACUAACUACUAAGAGUUGCAUUCUGCUAUUUACUUAUUGCUGUUUGUGUUUUUUAACCACAUUGUACAUUUAGAAUAGUUUGUUGGGGCUACUUCUACUUUAGGGUUAUUGUGUCAGUGGCAUAAAUUAGUUUG